AUGGCGCGGCGCAAAAAGAGUGCGCCGAGAGACUUGCGCAUUCCUGAAGGAAGCGAUCCUACUCGGAGUGUGCACUACCACCCUCUAUUUAAUCCGUACGGCGCGCCUCCGCCGGGCGAGCAGUACCGCGAACGAUGUAUGUACCCGAGUUUCGAGUUUCUCACCGCAGCACCGAGUCCUGACCCGUACGCCGUGCGGCCAAAAAAGGCGCGCGAUGCAGCCGCAACGCCGCCACGCGCGACAGGCCGCGACGGCGAGACUGCGCGGCCCUCAAAGCGCGGCGCGCCCGACAGCGACGACAAGAUCGCGAUGCCGUCCAAGCGCGAUCACGUUGCAUCGCUUCAUACAGACGACAGCGACGACGAGAUCGCGAUGCCAUCGGGGCCGCCUCCCGCCGCCGCACCACAUCCAGCGCUGCCGGCCGUAGCGCCCCGCAUAAAAGCGCCCGCGCGCGCCGAAGCACACGCUGCGCCCGUCCGCUACGACACGGCGCAGCAGCCGGAGCACGAACUGCCUCUUGCCGCCCCGCUUGCUGCCGCGCCCCAGCUGCGCGACUUUAAGACGAGCGCGACGGCCUUUGUGCCUACCAGCGUCCGCAACCGCGCACGGCGAAUGUAA